AUGGGCAAACAGACCAAGUCCAAGCCCACCAAGGGUGCCAAGGGCGCCGCCCCUUACGGCAAGAAGCCCUCUGGCCCCAAGAAGGCGACCGUCGAGGUCACCUACGAGGGUCAGGCCAAGCCCGCCGCCGCUCCCAAGGCUGGCAAGAAGGCCGCCGCCGAGGCCAAGGCUCCCAAGGCCAAGGCCGACAAGCCUGCCCCCAAGGCGGUCAAGGCCGAGGGCAAGGCCGAGGGCAAGAAGGACAAGGGCAAGGCCCGUGCCGCUUCCCCCGAGGCUGAGGUCGACGUCGAGGAUGAGGAGGAGCUUGUCGACGACGCCCCGGCCCCCACCUUCAAGAUCAUGGCCGGCUCGUACGAGAAGCUUCUCUAUGGCCUCGAGGGCAGCUACCCCGCCGGCUCGGACGUUCCCGUCCUUGAGCCCAUCUUCAUCUUCCCUGCCCACAUGGCUUGCGUCAAGGCCGUUGCUGCUUCUGCGGGCGGCAAGUGGCUCGCCACCGGUUCCGAGGACGAGUUCAUCAAGGUCUGGGACCUGAGGAGGAAGAAGGAGGUCGGAAGCCUUAGCCAGCACACUGGCUCCAUCACCUCGUUGGCGUUCCCCUCGUCGUCCCACCUGCUCGCCUCGUCCGACGACUCGACCAUCUCCCUCUUCCGUUCGUCCGACUGGGCGCUGCUCAAGUCGCUCAAGGGCCACUCGGGCCGCGUCAACCACGUCGACGUUCACCCUACUGGCCGUGUCGCUCUGUCCGUCGGCAAGGACCAGACCCUCAAGAUGUGGGACCUCAUGCGCGGCCGUGGCGCUGCCUCGCUGCCGCUCGGCUCUGAGGCAGAGCUCGUCAAGUUCUCGCCCCGUGGUACCCACUUUGCUGUUCUCUACCCCAAGAAGGUUGAGAUCUACUCUCUGACCCUCAAGCUCAUGCACACCCUCGAGACCAAGAGCAGGUUCAACCACCUCCUCUUUGCCGACGUUCCCGGCAGCGAGGCCGAGCUCCUCUGCAUUGGUACCGAGAAGGGUGUCGUGGAGGUGUACGAUGUCGAGAUUGGCCAGGCCGACGAUGACGAGGAUGACGAGGAUGACGAUGAGGAGGACGAGGACGAGGAGAACGCCAAGGGUCCCUUUGCUAUUGUUGACCGCGUCGCCACCCUUGUCGGCCACACCAACCGCAUCAAGGACGUGUCGUCCAUCAACUUCACCGCUCCCUCGGGCCCCACUGUUCUGCUCACCACCGUGAGCUCGGACGGCUUCAUCAACCUCUACGACCUUGCCGCGGCCCAGGACGGUGCCGAGGUCCAGCCAGUGGCUUCGUACGACACCAACAAGUCGCGUCUCACUUGCGUCUCCAUCACCGACGGCGGUGCGCCUCGCCAGAAGAAGAGCGUCGCCGUCGCUUCGCAGGGUGGCAAGAACGGCGGCGCACGGUUCGCCGUUGAGGAUGACGAGGAUGAGGAGGAGAGCAGUGACGAAGAGGAGGACGCACAGGACAUGUACGAUGUCUCUGACGCCGAGGAGGAGGACGAGGACGAGAUGGAGGUCGAGUUUGAGGAUGAGGAGGAGGGUGAGGAGGAGUAG